GGCGGAGAACCUAGGCGGGAGGGGGCCGACUGGUGCGGCUCGGAAGAGCGCUCCUCCGCCCCGCGCGCCUGAGCCCAGCUCCGCCGGAUCCUCGCAGUCCGCGCCGCGCCUCGGGCGUCCAGAGCGCGCCGCAUCAAGCGCCGCCUGCGGCCGCCCAGCCCCAUCCUGCCUCCUCCUCCUCCUUAUCUUUCUCCUCCUCCUCCGCCACCGGACACGCAGCCGCAGGCCGGGGCCGGGACGCAGCUGGGGAGUCAGGGACGCGCGCAGCCAGCCCUUCCCCCUCCGGCUCCCGCACCGCCGGCCGCCUCCCCUCGCCCUCCUCCUCUCCCCUCCCUGCUCCUUCGCUUCUCCUCCUCCUCCUCUCCCAGCCCCAGCUGCCAGCACCAUGUCCGCAGGGGGAGAUUUUGGGAACCCACUGAGAAAAUUCAAGUUGGUCUUCCUGGGGGAGCAGAGCGUCGGGAAGACAUCGCUGAUCACACGGUUCAUGUACGACAGCUUCGACAACACGUACCAGGCAACUAUUGGGAUUGACUUCUUGUCAAAAACCAUGUACUUGGAGGAUCGUACGGUGCGGCUGCAGCUCUGGGACACAGCCGGCCAGGAGAGGUUCCGCAGCCUGAUCCCCAGCUAUAUCCGGGACUCCACGGUGGCCGUGGUGGUGUACGACAUCACAAAUCUCAACUCCUUCCAGCAGACCUCUAAGUGGAUUGAUGAUGUCAGGACAGAGAGGGGCAGCGAUGUGAUCAUCAUGCUGGUGGGCAACAAGACGGACCUGGCUGACAAGAGGCAGAUAACCAUAGAGGAAGGCGAGCAGCGUGCCAAAGAACUGAGUGUCAUGUUCAUCGAGACCAGUGCGAAGACUGGUUACAACGUGAAGCAGCUCUUCCGACGUGUGGCCUCGGCUUUGCCUGGAAUGGAGAAUGUCCAGGAGAAAAGCAAAGAAGGGAUGAUUGACAUCAAGCUGGACAAACCCCAGGAGCCCCCGGCCAGCGAGGGUGGCUGCUCCUGCUAAUGCAGCCUGACCCCGGCUUCCUUUGACACUACUCGCUUGUUGUGUUGCUUCCUAUUGGUUAGCUUCCUAAGGGGGGUGGGAGAUGAGCUUAUCCAGAGGAGGAGUUUUCUUUUCUCUCUGUCUCUAGGAGUCGGGUGGGUGGGGAGGGAGGCUGGGCAUCAGGGAUCACGUCACUCUUAACAGCUGUUACUUAAACAACUAUUUUUUGGUUUGGUUGUAAUAUAUUGUACUUUAUUAAGAUUGCCAAAAACUUAAAAUUUAAAAAAAAAAUUUAAAUCAUGUGUAUACAACUUUUUGCCAGAUAAAAAUGUAGUCAUUUUUAUUUGAAAGAUGUGCUUUUUGUUUUUGUAUAUUUGUAAACUUACAGAGAACCUUUUCCACACACCUCCUCCUUCCUGUCCUCUUUUAAUGGUUCAUCACCUCUGCCCUCCUCCCACCCUCAGACCAAUAAAUUUAAACAAUUAACUGGGCAAUUUAUUUAGGCUCCAAUCCCCAGGCUGUCUGGCCCAGACCAACCAGGCCUCACCAAACAGGCCGUCCGUAGUUAAAUCAAACACUGAUGGAAGGAAACGGGCUCUGAAGAGGCAGCUCUGACUCCGUCCUUCUGUGGCCAGAGUAGGACACAAGCCACAGCCCCGAGCUGAAGUAAGGCCUGUGAACUGCAGGGAGCCCAGGCCAGGCCCACUGGAAUCACUUCUGCCUCUUUCCCCUCCCUGAAAAGCCUUGAAGGGGGUGGAGGACACUUGCCACAGGCAACCUUCUGUGCUCUGUGGUCCACGCAGUGACUGGCAGAGCAAGAGGUCAUGGGCAGGAAGGAAGGACGGGGUGCUGUUGGCAACUGUGGGCUGGGCAAGGUGUAGUUUAUAGAUUGGGGGCACCAUAUGUAGUCAUGAAAAUGUUUUAACCAAGCCGUCCAACGAUCAGCAAACGUGUCUGGUUUGAAGCUAAGGGAAGGGCAGAAGGAACCUCAGUGUGUGCCCCUGAAGCCCUCCUCCUUGGAUGCCAGGGAAGCUGGAGCCUGUUCCACACAGGAUUGGCCUGUCUGUGGUGGGGGAAGGGAGGGUCUGCAGACCUGCCACCAGGAAGAUGCAUGUUUGCUGAUCCUUGGUUGCUAAUACUGUUGAGUGCUGUUUUGGAAAAGCUGACUUCUUGACGUGUUUCUGUCUCCCUGGUGCAGGGCAGUUGACAUUUUUGUGCACAGACCUUUGCAGAUAUUGUAGCAGCACUCUGGUCACUUGAGGGUAGAGCUGAGGUGGGGUCCCCAGAAGGCUUUCCAGAGAGCCGCCCUGGCCAUUUUUGACUCAUUUCUGAGAAGGACUUAGUCUUGAGGACCUAUCUGUAAAAUCUUUGAAAAGAACUCUCUUUCACUAAGUGAUGCUGCCCACCUGACCAGCAUUCCAAAUAGAUCAGACUCACCAACUCUGAGUCUGCACAAAGCCAGGCGGAGGGUACCACUCUGGCCAAAAUCAGUGAACCCUGGCUCUUCCUCCAGGCCGCUGUUAGGCUUGUCAUAGACGAGCUAAAUGACUAUCUGGCGUAUGGUAGGGAGUAAAUUCCACCAUAAAGCAGGAUCCCAACAAGUUAUUAUGUUGAGUUUGGAGCUUCUCAGAAACUAAUCCAGAAUGGCAGCUACUAAGUGCAGCAGGGACCUGGCAGGACUCACUGAUACUGUGUCCAGUGGGCCUGUCACACACUCAGCUAAGGGGACUGUGUGUCAGAGCUGAUCUUUAGAGAGAAGUUUAUCUUCAGGUGAAGCAAAGAGGAAGCAGAAUUCCCACUGAGCUCCUCUUCCAGAAGGUAAAGACCAACGUACGAACGUAAUUCCAAUGUCACAUGUUGAGUUUUUAUAUGUGUGUACAUAAUUAUAUAUAGAGAUAGACUUGUGUAUACACCUUCCACACACAUUCUCACAAAGAUACGUGUGCUCGAUGUAUAUUCUUGUUUUUCCUGCUCUCAAGUUGGAACUUGCAUUGUGAUAUCAGUUUUGGAAAUCCAAAAGUACUGCAAUGUGUUGAAAUAAGAAAUACUUAAUAUUGUCCAAAAACUUGUGAUUGUCUUGCCAUCAAUAAAACAAUGCAUAGAUGUGUUAA